AUCUUCUGCAGUACAUCUCUAACGCAAAGUACAUUUUGUUCGGGGACUGUCGAAAUUCGUGAAAUAAAUUGUAAAUUAAAUUUACAAAAUGCUAUCGCGCGUAGCUUUGCGUUCAGCUGCGGCCAGACAGUCCACAGCCCUGGUCGCGCGGGGCUCCGCCACCGAUGUCUCAGGCGUCCGUGAUGAGAAGAACUUCCCCAGGCCAGUCAGAGCAGUGGAGCCUGGCAAAGUCAGGCUGGGAUUCAUCCCUGAGGAAUGGUUCCAGUUCUUCCACUCAAAGACCGGUGUGACUGGUCCAUACACCUUCGGUGUUGGUCUGACCACAUACCUGUUCAGCAAGGAGAUCUACGUAAUGGAACACGAGUAAUACACCGGUCUGUCACUGCUCAUCAUGGUUGCUGUAGCCGCUAAGAAGUUCGGACCUAGUCUAGCUGCGUGGUUGGACAAGGAAGUAGAUGCUAUUGAAAGUGACUGGAACUCAAGCCGUGUGGAGUCCAUCAAAGCUCUGGAGGAUGCCGUAGAGGCUGAGAAGAAGGCUCAGUGGCGCGCACAGGGCCAGGAGCUCCUCAUCGAAGCCAAGAAAGAGAAUGUACUGCUGCAGCUCGAGGCUGCUUACAGAGAACGUCUCAUGAACGCCUACAGCGAGGUGAAACGUCGUCUGGACUACCAGCUCGAGAAGUCCAACGUAGAACGCCGUCUCGCCCAGAGGCAGAUGGUGGACUGGAUAGUAUCCAAUGUGACCAAGGCCAUCACCCCAGACCAGGAGAAGCAGACCCUGGACCGCUGCAUCGCCGACCUCGCCGCGCUGGCCGCCAGGAAGUGAACACGCGUAGUUUAUUUAUAUAUGUAAUAUAAUAUGUGAUUAAAGUAAUAAAUCAUCGUUCGAGUUAG